AAAAAAAGUAAAUAAUAAAAAAAAAUAUUUGUGGUCGAGGCAAAUUCGAGGCCUCUAGCACCGUUGAAUUAAUAAAACCAUUCAUAAAAAUAUUUAAUUUUAAUUCAAAUCAAAAUUUCCAAUUAUAUUUUCGGUUAACCACAUCACAAUCAGCCCUGGUUAUCCAACUUUUAAUGCAAUUACUAAUGUAUCCGACAUACACGAGUAUCAGGACAUGGAUUUGAAAUGGAAGAACCCGAAAUCUGUGCUGCUAAUGUAUUUGAGAUAUAUCAGGACAUGGAUUCGAAACGGAAGAUCUCCAAAUCUGUAGUGCUAAUGUAUCUGAGAUAUACGAGUAUCAUCAGGACAUUGAUUCGAAAUCGGAAAUUUCGUUUUGGUUUUAUUGUAAAUGGGUGCAUUUUGAUUUGGUUUAGUAGUGUCAAUGCCAACGAUAUGUUAAAUUUGAUUGCUCAUUUAAUUAUGGGUUUUGACAGCUCAUUUCAUGUAUAAAUUAAAGAGUUCUGAUUGCUUAUUUAGGAGGAGGUGAAGAGGAGACCAUUGCUAGAUUAUGUUGAGAUGGCACGAAAGGAUGUGAGCCCCAACAUGAGGGCAAUUUUGGUGGAUUGGUUGGUGAAGGUUGCGGAGGAAUACGAGCUUCACUCUGAUACUCUGCAUCUAUCUAUCUUUUACAUUCAUAGAUUUUUUUCAAUGAAUGAUCUCAACAGGUAGAAACUCCAGUUGCUCGGUGUUUCUUCAAUGCUCAUCGCAUUGUAAGCUCUCUGACCUCUUAAACUGCUGGAUGUUUUUGUAAAGAUAAUCAAUUUGGAUGAUUGGUACUUAAAUUUCCUUGUUCAAUCUUGAUGAGUAGAAAGUAUGAGAAGAUCAAUCAUCCACCUAUGGAUGAAUUUUGUUACCCAACCGACAACGCAUACACAAAGAAAGAGGUGGUAAAAAUGGAGGCGGACAUACUCAAACAUCUCAAGUUUGAAGUGGGUGGUCCCACAAUUAUGACAUUUUUAGGGUAUUAUUGCAUUGUCAACAUACAAUCUUUCUUUUCAUCGGUGAUCUUGUGAUUCAAUUGCCUAAUAAAUGUUGCCUUCUUGAUUGUUGAUUUUUUUUUUUUUUUGGUUUUGUUUUGUUGAGAAAAUUCAUUGUUGUUGCUCAAAAAGAUUACCAAGUAAGCUCAACUCUCUCUAUUGUGUGUGUGUGUGUGCACGUGUUGCCUAUUUUGCUUGCUGAUUUUUGUUAUUGACUUGUUGGGUACUUAUUAAUGUUCUUGUUCUUAUGAAGAUUCCCAAUUUGAAGUUGGAGUUCUUGGGUUACUACCUAGCAGAGUUAAGCUUGUUGGAGAAUGACUGUGUGAUACUCUUGCCUACUUUGGUGGCUGCAUCUGUAGUAUUUCUUUCACGGUUUACAAUCCAACCAAAGUUACAUCCUUGGAGUUCGGCCCUGCAAGAUUUCUCUAGCUACAAACCCGCUGACCUAAAGGAAUGUGUUCUUAUCAUACAUGAUUUGCAAUUAAGUAAAAGGAGAGGCUCUUUGGUUGCAUCAAGAAAUAAAUACAAGCAGUAUGAGUUCAAAUGCAUCUCAACAUUGUCCUCUCCUCAGGGGAUACCGAAUUCUUUUUUUGAAGAUGUUCAAGAUUCAUAGUGAGGGUUAGGAGAAUUAGUUGAUCUUGCUUGAUUGAUGGGGAGAUGAUUGUCUUGAAGAAUGUUCUUGCAUCGGAAGGUUAGCUAAUUCAGAAAACUCCCAAUGGUUAAUCGUGUUUGAUAAUUGCUGGUCGUUUCGCUGAUUUGGUUGGUUUGAGCUGCUGGUGUGAUCAAUUUCUGCUGGACUUAAAAAAAAGUGCAUGAAUGGCAUUGUUGAGACAGUGGUUACUAAUAUUAGCAAUAAUUGGAUAAGAAGUGUGGGAUUUUGUUAGCAUGUGGUUCAUUGCUUAAUAGUUUAUGAUUAGGUAGUGUCAUUACCACUUUUUU